AUAAACUGCAACUGAUAUAGAGGGCGUUAAAAAGCCGCAAAACCAACACAGACUGUCUGCUAUUAUGCCUACGCAAAAAUAAAAAACAUGCACGGGAGAUUGUCGUAUUUGUAAAAAAAGUUUUAUACAAGUAAUUAUACAAUGAAAAAUUAGUAUAGAACUUCAUUAGACUAUUACUGGCGUUGGAUAACUGUAUUUGUAAGAUAUUUGUUAUUUUCGAAAAGCCCAUGCUGACACAAGUAUUAAGGUUUUAAGUACGUCUGAAACUUGAUUGUUAUUGAAUAUUAGUACAAAAAUGGCAAGGUCAUUGGUAUCGGCAUCUUUGUCCUUACGAAACGUUUUGACUUUACCAAAACGUGCAACUCUUACAAGAUUAUGUCACAGUGUUCCUGAAGUCAAAGAGGCAGAUAAAAAUGAAAUUUCAGCUGCAAAACAGUUAUUUCUGAAAUUACAAUCAGAUAAUAAUCCUUUGAGUCUUAUAACAACCAUAGAAGCAAAUAGAAAUGAGAUUGAUGCUCGUCACGUUCUCGUUGCCUUGACAUCUAUGCAAAAGUUUUAUGAAAAUAGUAAAAUUCCAUUAUCAGAAGUACACAAGAGUAUACAGUUCAUUAACAUGUGCUCUAUAUUAAAAAGGCAUCUUAUAAAACUGGAUCUACCACAGACGAUACAAGCCAUCAAAGUUUUAAAUUUACUCAAAAUUCCAAGUACUAAAACGAUCAUGCAAUCACUUUUGCAGCUAAUUAGACAAUCUAUAAAUGAUCUAACUUUGCAACAGAUUUUUUAUCUAUCAUUUUUGUUAAAACUAAUGUACCAGACACCUUUGAAUGAGGCGAUUCUCAAAGCUUUGCCUGAAGUAUUUGUGGCUCAGUUGGAAUUGCAACUUGAUAAAGGGAAUAUCAAAGAACUAAAAAAUGCACUAUGGUUUGCAACUAGUUACGUACAAAAUGAAAAAAGUAUAAAAUACAUCAUAGAUGCACUUAUCAAGAGUAAUGAAUUAUUUGAUGUUGAUACGGCAAUGCGCAUAUAUAUUUCUCUUUGUAAUUCACAUUAUUUACCAGAUAAUUAUGAACAAUUAUUAAUUAGAGUUGAAAAUAAUCUUAUGGAAAAUGUUAGUCUACUCGAGCAAUUUGAAAUAAACAAAAUCUUGACCAAAAUAUUGACAGAGACAUUAUAUGGAAAAAAUAAAUUCUACAAUCCUGAAUUGAUAGAUGUAUUUAUAAAAAAGUUUGUAUCUAAUUAUCCAGACUUUGAUAAAGCAGCAUUAAUUUUAAAUAAAUUGAACAAGUGCAAACACAUAAAUAUAAAAUUAUUGGAGUAUUUAACAUCCUUAUGCUACAAAAAUCCAAUGAUUUUGUCAGAACGCAGACCACUCCACAUGUCAACUUUAGUAGCCGGAAUGGCGUUUGCCAAUUAUAAGCCGCCUUUCUGGAACGAAUUGCAGAAGAUUAUUGUGGAACACUAUAAUUUAAUUCCAGAUGACGUAACACUAUGCUACUUUACUCUGCAUUUGCUCUCAUUGGAUUGUUUUGAUUCGCAACUAGUGAAAUUCGUUUUUGCUUUAGACAUAGAUCCAAAGUUGAUCAGUUUUGCCUAUCUCAAAGUCCUUCAGCAAUUAUACCAGAGUAUAAAAACUUUGUAUCCAGCAUACACUGGUCCAUGGCCAUCGGAAGAAUUGAUCCAGUCUUUUGAAACCUCAGCAGACAAAGAAUUUAAAACGUAUCCAUUACAGUCUGCAAUUGAGAAACUGGUAGGAGACCCCACUUACGUGAAUACUAACGUACAGACGAACUUGGGGCAUCUUAUCGAUCAUCUGAUAGUUCUCAAAGACGGAAAUCCAGUCGCCGUUACAUCACAAUCAUUUUCAGAACAACCGAGCGUUGUUCCUUGUGUGGACGAAUUUGACAUACCUCCUGAUACUGAAAGAGUGGCUGUACUCAUGCUACCCCCGAGUUUACACGGCAAAAACACUCCAAUACUGCAAGCGCCAGCUCGGCUAAACAUCAAGUCUCUGGAAGCAAUGUCGUACAAAGUGGUGCCCGUAUCAAAUCAUCAAUGGUCGAGCAUACCGGAAUUCGAAAGGCUUCCGUAUCUGCAACUACAGAUAGGUAUAAAAAAGAAAGAUUGACGUGAAAUAGGUAGUUGAUCAAAGAUCACGUAGAACAACUGUACAUAAACAACAUAAGCAUAAGUUUUAUCGGAACGAGGUAUAUAAAGUUAUCUACUUUUGCAAAAAGUAUCCAUGUAAAUGUUUUGUAAAUAAAUUCGAAGAUAACCGAAUUUUUGCCAAAUCGCUCGGGAUCUCAGAGGUUUGGAAAAUAACGAGACGUUGUUGUUGUUUUUCUCAAAUUUUUAUAGAAAUAUAUAAAAAUGUAUUACGUAUAAAAAAGUAUAAAAA